AUGUCCGAAGAACAGGAACAGAAGCCAGAAAUUAAGUCAGAAACCCACAUCAACCUAAAGGUUUCCGACGGCUCCAGCGAAAUAUUCUUUAAAAUCAAGAGGACCACACCCUUAAGAAGACUAAUGGAAGCCUUUGCUAAAAGGCAGGGCAAAGAAAUGGACUCGCUAAGGUUUUUAUGUGACGGUGUGAGAAUUCAGCCAGACCAAACUCCCGAUGACUUGGAUAUGGAAGACAACGAUAUCAUAGAGGCUCAUAGGGAGCAAAUCGGUGGCUGCUAG